AUGGUGGAAAUCGAUGAAGCCGAAUAUGCAUUGAAGAAAGGGGCUUUCGAUAGAGAGUGUGAUAGAGUGAGACCGCGCAAAGGAACUCCGAUUGACAUAGAAAAGGUAAAAGAAAGUACACAGAGUACGUCGAAUGAUAUUGAAGACGAUUUGCAAUCGAAUAGUUCAGAAGAGUCCGUAGACUCUCAACCGGAUAAAUUAGAAAAUAAUUUGACUGGUAAAUCAACGUCUGAAACCCAAACAAAUAGCAUCGAUAAGAGUGCUUCGGUUAGUAAUCCCGGUGAGAUCGCAAAUAAUUCUGAAAACCAUACAACGAGCGACAACGAAAACGAAAAUACAAUGGCGAAAACGCCAAAAGAUUUUAUUGCGCUGGCUAAUCAAAUGAUAGGCUAUAGAUAUAACGGUGAUCCAUUAAAUCUUGAUAGUUUUCUAGACGCCGUUGACUUGUUAAAAGAGCUAUGCGAGAGACCGAAUGUGGAUAUCAUGCGUAAAUUUGUAAUGACACGUUUAGAAGGUACUGCGAGAGAGGCAAUUGUGGUAGAGCCCCAAACUGUUGAUGAUAUUAUUCGACAAUUGAAAGCCAAUAUCAAGACCGAAUCGUCAAAAGUAAUUGAAGGGAGAAUUCUCGCGCUCAGAGCUGAUAAAAGCAGUCUCACAAAAUUUGCAGAGCAAGCAGAAGCUCUAGCCGAACAGUUUCGACGUAGUUUAUGUGUGGAAGGCUUUUCCAAGGAAAAAGCGAAAGAAAUGGCGGUGGAAAAAACAGUAGAAAUGUGCCGUAGGUCGGCUAAAAACGAUAUUGUGAAAGCGGUUAUUGCUGCAUCAAAAUUCACUGAGCCCAAAGAAGUUGUAGCCAAAAUGAUCGUUGAGAUCAAUAAUGUUAAGCAAGACAAGCCUCACAAUUCUUACACACACAAGUUUGGUCGCCCAAACCAUGGCAAUAAUAAUGGUCGAAAUUUUAAUAAUAAUGAUCGCUCGAAUAAAUCUCAGAAUAAUCGACAAGGAAAUGGAGGUAACUGGCGCAGCAAUGGCCAUAAUAAUGGUGGUAAUGCGAACAAUCGUGGUCAAAAUAAUAACCGAUCGAAUCAGCAAGGCCAAAACAAUAACAGAAACGGUCAGAAUUAUAACAGCAAUUAUAAUG